AUGGAAAUCGCUUCGGCAGUGCGGCCUUCGUCCGGGGGCGGCGGGGGAGAAGACGAGCCGAGCGCCCCUGUCUCCCUCUGCGUUGAACGUGGCUCUGCGGAGGCACCUACAGACCCGAAAAAACGCCGCCACGCCACCAAAUCUAGCGAAAGGGCUGCAUCAGGCGGAGUAUUCCCUCCCUCUGUUCGUGCCGCACACGCACACUCCGUCUAUGCGGCUCGUCGUGAGACUUCGAGGCCGCUUCUGAAGCAAUUGGAUUUCCACGCGGCUUCCUCGACUCCGGAUUUCGCAGGUUGCGUCUUCACUCGUCUUUCGCAGCCAGCAGUUUUGCAACUGGAAGCUGCCCGCCUGUCGCGUAUCCGGUCGCUUUUGUCUUCUUCCCUCGAGCUCCUGCCCUCCUCUUCUUCCCCUUUUUCUCUCGCCGCCUCUUCACUCGUCGCGCCGUAUCGCCCGACGCCGGUCUCUGCGUGCUUUCUCCUCUGUGCGGCCGCGUCGUGUCUUCCCUCUCCUUCGCAGCCGGCGCGGCGGCGCGCGGAGGCCGCAGCGGGCGUCGCGGCGCUUCCGAUCUUUCUCCUUGCACUGCGCGACGCGCAGGACCUGCUCAGUCAACCCCCCGCGUCUCCGCUCCGCGCGGCGGCUGCGUGGAGGCGGCACUUCCGCCGGCUCGCGCAGCCCCCGCGGUGUCCGCGCGAGGCGCCCGAGGGCGAAGAGAGAUGGGAAGACGCCUCUCUGGUCGCGCGUCUGCCGCCGCGCGCGUGGAACGUCGAAUGGCGGCGGCGGAGACACGCCGCUGGCCGCGCCCUCUGCGCGCUUCUGCAGGCGCUCGUGACGGCGAGGGCGCGGCGCACCGCGGACGGCGCGCCGCGCGGAGGGAACUUGCCCGCGCAGCGCGAGAAGACAGAGGACGAAGUGCUGCGCGCGCUCUACGAGGCAGCCGUCGUUUCGAUUCGCGAAGGCCGCCGACGCGCAGCGGAAACCUCACAGGAAGCGGCAGGUCGCGAGGAAGAAGAGACGGAUGUCGAGGGACUCGGCGACGACGUGGCGGCGAUGCCAGUCGAAGACGGCCAGGACGCCGAGGCCGGUCCCUCGCCAUCCGCGGGCGCGCCAGCGGCCUCGCUCGCCACCUCGCUGUUUGCGCAGUUUCGCGAGGUCGCUGAGCUGCGCGCGUCGCGGUGUCGAGCGGAGGGGCUGCGAAGGCGGACAGGCUGCCGGGGCGAAGGCCGCGCGGCAGGAAGCCCAGUCCUCGCCGUUCUUUCCUCCGCGGAAGACGCGCUCGUCUCCGCCGAGGAGCUCUCUCUCGCUGUCGGCGCGUCGCGCGGAGCCAGCAUGCCGCCGGCCGCAGCCUGCGAGGAAGCGGAGACGAGCCGAGCGGGCGCACAUCUCGAUCUGAGGGGGGCAGCGGGAGGCGCAGCGAAGAGGGAGAGAGAGGAGAGGCAGCGCGCCGCGCUGCCUCCGCCGGUGCCCUUCAGAUCCUGCGGCCGCAAGCAGCUCGUCGCGCGAGGCGCCGGCUGGGAGCAGCCCGCGGCGAGGAGCUUGGCGCUUGUGGACUUUCAGCUGCACUCGCUGUCCGCGGAGUCGCCCGUGGCGUCUCUGCCUCUCGCUUGUUCCCGCUGCGCGGCGGCUUCCGCAGACGCAGCCGACGCCGGUCCGCGAGCGGGCGGCGCCUCCUGCUGUCUCCUCGGGUCGGGAUCGCCAGGCGUUCGAGGGCAGGAAGCAGAUCUGGCGGGAGGCAACCCCUCGCGGGGGGAGAGCGACAGUCGCUGCUUUCGGGUUGUGCUUCACCUGGAUCCUGACACCCUGGGCUUGGUCGGUGCGGCCGCAGAGGAGGCGCAGGGAGACGAAGAAGCUGCAGAAGGCGCCGCCACGAUGCCGCCGCUGCACGCGGUCCUGGGGGAGCUCCUUCCGCGCGCCGUGUGGUCGAUGAAGCGCGGGGAGGUCGCCGUCUUCUCCCUGCCGCUGCCGCGUCUCGCGGGCCUCCUUCCCAGCGCCGCGGCAGAUGCGAAGAGAAGCGCGCUGCUGUCGGCACUCUCCGCUCCCGCGCCCCCCGACGGCACGCCUCUCGCGUCGUGCGUCCUCCCUCUCAUCUUCUCGCUCCGCCUCGUCGAUUUUGUUUCACUGCGACCCCCGCGAAGCAAACUGGCGCCCGCGCCGCCCUCCCCGGGGUCGUCGCCCUCCUCAGAGGCGCGCGCGGAGACGGCUGUCGCGCCAGCGUUCGCCGGCGAGGUUGAGCAAGUCGCACAGGCCGUGCUGGAGGUGGCUCGCAGCAACCGGGAGCUUCUGCGAGUUUCAGAAGAUUUUGAAAGGUUCGUCGCGGCAGUCCUUCACCUCCUCGUCGACCCCCGCGCACAGGCGAGCCGCGUGCUGCUCCGCCUCAUCCGCGGGUCGUGUGCUGCGGAAAAACUGGCGCCAGAAGACAGCGAGGAGGACGGAGGCGUGCAGUGCCUCGUUGGAGACGCCUCAGGCUUCCGCAGCGAGGCAGAGGCGCAGCUCGCGCGGGCGCUGAUCGACAAAGCGCUGGCGCAGUCCGCGGCGCCGCAGGCAGCCGAAGAAGGCGAGGAAGAAGGAGAGCGGCAGAGGGAGAAGGAGGAGACAGAGGAGAAGAAGGAGGGCGGCGAGCUCCAGUGGGGCUCGCAGGAACUCACGCGUUCUAGCGGCCCGCGCUCUUCGGAUUUCUCUUGCAGGGGGCGUGCGGGGGCGGGCGCGGGCAGCUCGCGGCGCGCACUUUCGCGGCCGCGGCGCCUGCUGUCGCGGUUGUCCUUCUCCGGCGCUUCAAGCGCCUCGCCAGCGUCUUCCUCUCCCCAAGCUCUGCGAGGCGACCGGAGCACAGGCGCGGCGGCGGCCCGAGCGCUGGACGCUGGGGACGGCGGCGGAGGGGAAGACGAGGCGAAGGAGCGCGGCAAGCGAGCGCUGUCGCUUCUGCGCGCGACGCUCAAGUCGCCGCUGUGGCGGCUGCGGCAGACGGCGUCGGUGCCUUGCACCCCUGCCCACCGCGCGAGCGGCGACGACGAGGGCGGAGGAGAGGGCGCUGGCGAGGCGCCGGUUGGGGCGGCGCCAGGCACUCGACUGGAGGGCGACGCCGCGAAGAGAGGCGGCACGUCGCGGUCCGCGGAGCCUCCGGCGCCGCCCCUCCGCCCGCGCCGCGCGGAGGAGGCGUCCAGCAGCCGCGAGGCGUCUGUUGAGGGCUCGCGGCCUCAGAGCGUCGGGGGGGAGGCGGAGCUCGCGGCGGUGCCCUCUCGCGCGGACAUGGCGGCGCUGCAGAAGAGUCUGUAUGCGCGCCGCGUCCUGACGCAGUCAGGGAGCCCUUUCACGGAGGACGCCGACGAAGAGGUGCGUGCACGCGUCGAGAGCCUGUUCGCGAGCGGCGUGGUGAUCCAGGGGAUCUACUUCCAAGUCGUCCACUCCGAGGCCGUGUGGAGGAGUCUCCAUCGGGAGCGCCAGGCCGCGCGAGCGGCGCUCUACCGCUUCGCGGACGCUCCCUGUCCGCCUCUCUUUCUGCUCGCCGAAAUGUCCGCGCUUCGCCUCUUCGCAGCGCCGCUGCAGCAGGAGGCGCUGCUUCCCGUCCUCCUCAGGGUCAGCGGCCAGGCGUCGGCUAGCUGCGCGGAGGCCGCUCCCGCGCAGUCUCCGCUCCGCGCCGUUGAGUUCGGGCUCGAGCGGGCGCGCAGACCGUCGCCCUGCGGCGCCAGUCUCUUCGUCGACGCUUGCGGAGGCGGGCGCGGAGAAGGCCAGGGUGCGGAGUGCGCGCGAGGCAGCGACGCAGCGCAGGCGAGUCGUGCGGCUCUCUUCUACGCGUGUGCGUCGUCGCGGCCGCCACCAUCCGCGACGACUCCGCUACUCGUGUGCUGGACUGCGGAGGCUGAGGACGCGAAGGUGCGCGACACAGAGGAGAGCGCGGAAGACGGGUACGACGAAGCAGAGAGGCGCGCAGCGGCCGCGGCGACGUGUCGCGCCCUGGGCCUCUCUGAAGACUUCGUGGAGGUAUCUGUUUUCUCCAGCGCAGAGAGCGCACUCUCGUCUGCUUCCUCGCCGUUCUGGAGCCUCCUGGAGGCGCACGCCGGGUUCGAUUCCUUCGCGCCGCUUGCGGGUGACGAGGCAGACGCGGAGGGCAACGGAGGACGCAGGCGCCCGUCGCAGGGCCUUUGGAGCGUCUCUGGCGUACCGUGUCGCGUGUGGCUCGUGGCGCGGCGCGGCGGCGGGAAAAAGCUUCACCCGACGCUGAAAGGCUCGCUGAACGCGGCGGAGGGUGGCGCAGAUCCUCCCUCAGAGCUUCUCGGCUUCCUCGUUCUGCCGCUCGCGCUGGCGGAGCGCAGGCCAGGUGCGGCUGCGGCAGCCGACUUGCUCGCGACGCGGAAGCGCGUCCGCGAGGUGGAAGGCGUGCUGCUGAGCGAAGAAAGCGGCGCAGUCGCGCACUCGCAGAGUCUCCGCGCUGUGCUGCAUGCGCGCCAGCUGCCUGUGUCGGUCGGCGAGUGUCUCUUGCUGAACGACUUGCUCGCGGCUCUCGAAGGCGAGAGCCCUCGAGGCGAAGGAGGCGACGGCGACGAGGCGUGGGAGGCUUUCCGUCGCGACGUGGUGUGCAGCCGCGCGCGGCGUGCGCGCGAAUUGGUUGAGUUGGUCGUUGCAGAUCUCUGGGGAGCGGCCGUGAAGCGCGCCCUCCGGCGUCGCGCCUCCUCCGCCUCGAGUUUUGCGUCGUUCGCGGCGGACGUGUCUGUCGCGACGGCGUGGCUCUUUGGCGGCGGCGCCAGGGACGCGGCUGUGCAGGCCGCUUCAGGCGCUCCUUGCUCUCCCGUCAAGCGCGCGGUCGUCUUCUCGCUGGUGGUCGAGUUGUUCCGCGUCUGCGCCGCGAGGAGGCCGCUGCAGAGGCGGUUCCCCGUGCUCCUCUCGUUCGUCAUCGCCUUCGACUUCUCGCCCUUCUCCGUCGCGCUGCGCCGCGCCCUCGCGUACCACUUGGGGCUCGCGGUGCCCGCCGCGACCGCGCCGGCGCCGGCGCGCGGCGACCGCCGGCCUCUGUCGCGCCGCAGGCGCCUGCGGCUGCAGCUCGAGGCGCUCCGCGCGGGCCGCGCGCCGGGCUGGAGGUGUGCGCUGCUCUCCGAGGCGCGCGGAGACGCGGGCGCGAGGGGCGACGGCCGGGGCGAGAGGGCGUGCAGCGGACGCCGAGAGGGCGGGGAAGGCGAGCAGCCGCGCGUCUGGCUGCGGCCGCGUCUGAAGGCGCUCCUCGGCGCGGAAGACGUGGCCUGCUUCGCGCUCUCCGCCGGCGAGCUGUCGCUAACUACCCUUCGCGCGGCGAGCGAAGGCCGCGAGGAGGAAGCGAGCGGGGAGGUGCUGCAGAGCGGCGAGGCGCAGCCGGCGUCACUGCUCUCGCUGCUGCAGCACGACGUCGCGUUCUCUGCGCCGCCCGCUGAGCUGUGCAUGCCGUCCCGAGCCGCGCUGGACGCCUUCGCGGCCUCGGCGUGCGCCGUCGUGGAGGCGCGUCGCGGCAGCGAGGGGACCGGCGCAGGAUGGGCGAGAGAGCGAAGCGGCGAGAGAGAGGAAAAUGGAGACUGCGGCGCGGACAAGAACGACGUCCUGGAGGUGCCCAUGCUGGCGGAGACUGUCGUUCACUCGCUUCCGCGCUCGCUGCGCGCGGCGGCCGCGACGCAGCUGCUUCUUCGCGCUCUGGUUUCUUCAGCGGGCGCGAGUGCGGCUGGCGACUGCGAGUCCGCCAGCGCACAUGAGGAGAGCGGGAAGAGUACAGAGACGCAAUCGAAGGACAAGCAGCGCGGCGGCGGGUCGGCCUCACCGCCGCCACUCGUCCCGCUCGGCGUCAACCCAGGGGGGAUGCCGGCCCUCGCGGACAGGCACCUGAUUCAGUUUCUGCUGCUCGCCGUUGUGCAGUUCGAUUGCUGGCGAGGCUACCUGCCUGAGGCGCGAGACGAGAAGCGCCGCACGCGAUCUCAGCGGAGCGCCGCGGCUGCCCACGAGAGCGGCGGCAGGACGCACGCAGCUGCGGCGUCUUCCCCGUCGUCCUCCUCGUCGGGCGGCGCGGUGUUGAGAGGCGCGGAGAAGCGGAAUCAGGAGCACCUGUUUGUUGCGCUCGUGUCCAGCGUCGAGAAUCUGCUGGUGUCUGUACACUGCAGCUUGGAGCUUCAGAUUCCCCUGCUGCUCGCGCAAGGGCUCAAUCGCCUGCAGCGCGGCUUCCUCGCGUCCGCCACUCUGCGGCUGAUGAAGGCGACUGACCUCUUCGAGGAUCUCUGCGGGUCGCUCUCCUGGGAUCCCGAGCCGCGCGCCGUCGCGGCGGCCGAAUCGCCGCGCGCCGUCGCUGCCGGACUGGAGGCGGCGGAAAGUGGGUGUGCGAGGGCGCAUCCGCUGAUGCUCCUUCCGGUGUGGACGCUGCUUCUUCUAUCGUACUGCGGUGCGGUCACGCCGUCGGUCGCUUCUCAAGUUCUAGAGCUGGCAGGGGGAUCGGCGCGCCCGUCCCCCGGGGCGGCGCUCUUCCCGUCGCUGCCUGCGGGUGUGCGCGAGGCCGACUUUGUCACUGCAUGCAUCGCAAUCUUCUCAGAUCUGUUUCGCACUCUCCGCCUCCAAUUUCCGUCGUGUCCGCUCCCCGCUGGGCCGCCGCACCUCCUCCCCGUGGCUCUCCCGUUCUCUCCGCAGCUCACCAUCGACCGGCGCUGCCUGGCAGUGCCGCCUGCCGCGGCGCCCGCCGAGCAGACAGCAGGAGGCAAGUUGCAGUCGGUGACGAACAUCUUCCCCGCCCGCGCGCGAGACGGAGAAGGCCCAGAACCGGCGGGGCCCUCGCAGAACAACUCCACGAGAAAAAUCACCUGCGACUCGCCCUUCGCCUCGUCCUCCGCAGGCGACGGUGUACCUACACCCGAGGAAGGGUCGGAAGCGCUCCGGCUCUUCGGAUGUACGUACACCCCAAAGUUCCCCGACGCGGAGCACUGCCACCUGCCGGCAGAUGCGGCUCUUUCGGCGCAGCAGGUGUCUGCGAUUCUCCUCUUCAACCUCCGCCGUCUCCAGCCGCUGCUGUCUCUCUGGCUUCCAAGUCUGGCGCUCAGCGCGGCCCGCGGAGACGACGGCAGCGCAGCUGCAGCGGCCUUCGGCGCCUCAAUCGCCCUGAACCUCCUCGCUACGGAGUCCGCUCCUCCUCGCCUUUCUCCGUCGCCGUCGCCGCUUUCGACCGUGCCGCUGUCUUCUGCGUCUUCGCGUUCGCGCGCGGGCGACGAGACGGCCGCGAGCAAGAGAAGCGCAAGCGCUGCUCCGUGGGCGCCGGCCUCUCAGUCGCUCGUCCUGCUGCCGGCAGUCUACGUCGAGAGCGCGAGCCGCGGCCGCAGUUUCGCGGCUCUUCUCGCGUAUGCGCCCUCGGAUCGCGGCUGCGGAACGCGCGACGAAGCACUGCUGGCAUACAAGCGCGAGUUGCGCAGAUUUCUCGACGAGAAUGACGGGUUCCUCGCGCGCUGGUGGGGUUCUCAGAGCCGCGCCAGCUCGCGGGUCUUCGCCUGCGGCAGCAACGAGGCGGGCGCUCUCGGCCUCGGGCGCGCGGCCUUCUUCCCCUUCGAUCCGAUUCUGCAGGAGCCGCAGAACGACCUCGAGUUGGAGAGGGGAAUCGACCUCUGGUGGACUCCACACCCUCAGCGAAUCUGCGCGCUGCCGCCAGACGUCCAGCAUCUCGCCGGCGGCGCGUCGCACUGCGCGGCCGUCACCUCAGCGGGCUGUCUGUACACCUGGGGCUCGAACGCCGCCGGGCAGUGCGGAGUCUCGGCGCCGUCCGCGGGCGCGGGGCCUCGAGGGGCCUGCGGGUCUCGUGCCCGCUGGCAGCGGGACUGGGCUGACGUCCGCCGCGGAGAGCAUCUGCCGCGCACUGGAGCUUUCUCGUGGUUCGCCUUCGCAGAGGCUCGCCACGGCGAGUCGACCGACGCCGGCAGCGACGCGGAGGGCAAGGCGGAACGCGGGGACGAGGAGAUGGACUUUACUCAGUCUGUGCUGAAUCUCCCGGUGCGCGUCGACGUGUACAGCGAGGAGGAAAGCCGCGGAGAGGAGGGACGCGACGACUCGCGCGAUGGAGCCGGCGCGGAGGACUCGCCGGCGUUCUGCCGGCUGCAGCCUUCGCCGCGGAUCGCCUUCGCGCUCGUGGCCUGCGGCGCAGACUUCACAGCUGCGGUGAGCACCGCGGGGUGUCUGUACACCUGGGGCUCGAACACCUGCGGCGUGCUGGGUCUGGGAGACACGCGCCGGCGCUCGACGCCCUGCCUCGUUCCGCCCAGCAAGUUCGCGGCCGCGGGCCUCGCUGCCUCUUUCGCGGCCUCCUCCUCCUCUUCCGCUUCUUCCUCCUCCUCUUCGUCGCCUCCCCUCUCGGUCUGCAGUCUCGCAGGGGGACGCCGGCCGCGGGUGACGGCGGUGGCGUGCGGAAACAGCCACAUGGGGGUCUUGGUGGACGCGGGAGGGGGGGCGCUGUUUCUUUGGGGCAGCAACUGGCGCUCGGAGUGCGCCUGCUGCCCACGCGAGGAGGAGGAGGCGGAGGGCGAGAGUCGACUGAGCAGCAGGGCGGAGGCGGCGGGUCGCGAGGAACUCCUCGAGCCGCGGGAAGUGUGCGUCUUGGAGCUCGCGCCGCUACGCGCGGACGCCCAUCCCGUCUACGAGGCCGUCAUGCGCUGGAUGUUCAUCGAGCCCGACAAAGGCUCCAAGCCCUCGACGGGGGAGAAGCGCGUCGCGCGGGUGCGGCCGGGUGUGCAGCUGCACGUGUGUUCCACGAAGAAGAGCUUCACGCUGCUCCUGCCGCCGCGGCGCCUCCCCGAGCUCCUGCAGGCAGUCGUCGCCGCCACGCAGGAUCCCUCUGCCGCGGAAACUCUCCUGAAGUACCGCCUCGUCUUCUCGCUGCUCUCCUGCGGUUCUGCCCACACGCUCGCGCUGGGCGACAUCGCCAAGGCGGCGCGCAGGCCUCGCGGCGCGGCGACGGCGGAGGAACUCAAGGAGACACAGGCGAAGCAAGCGGCGAGAGAGGGUGGCGGAGGCGGGGCGUCGCGCGGCCAGGGGGAAGCAGACGGGGUCUUUCGCGGCUUCCUGUACGCCUGGGGCGAAGACACCGGCAACUGCCUGGGUCUCGGGCGGCCGGCGGGCGCGCGCCCGCUGACCUGCCCCGCGCGGCUGCCUGUGGGGAUCUUCGAGGGCGCCAGCGACCCGCAGGCUGCCGGAGGCGCAGGCGGCGGCCGCGGGACGCCCGCGCGAGAUGACGGAGACGCGCCUCUCGCGCUGCGGCAGAUCGCCGCGGGCGGGACCGCGAGUGGUGCUGUGGACGCGCACGACCGCCUCUGGCUCUGGGGCGACGUCAGCGGGAUCUGUAGCGACUUCUUUCCCGCGCCGAAGGAACCUGAGAGGCUGAGUCCCUCGCUCUUCCUCGUCGAGGACCUGUCUCUGGGUGCGGGGACUUCGGGCGCGGUGACUGCGGCGCCGGACGACGAGGUCUUCCAGGGGCUGUUUGCCGAGCGAGAAGCGGCGGAGGCGGGGCCUGCGAACGGCGCUUCGGCCGCGCGCGGCAAGGUGCCGCUGCGCGUCUCCUCGAUCCUGUUCCCCGUGGAGAGCUCCCGGCUCCUCGUCGUGACCCGCCAGGGGUGUCUGCUCGCGCUGGGCGACGCCUCUGGGCUCCAGCGACCUCACCAGGCGGUCUGCGGGGUCGCAGGUGUCUCCGCGCUCCGCAGGUUCUUGGCUCUCGAGGCGCCGGAAGGCGAGGAAGGGCGCAAGAGGCGGGAAGCGUGCGGCGAGGAGACGGAAAAAGGCAAAGCGGAGGACGGGGACGAAGCCGCGGACGAGGAGGUCGAGGGACAAUUUCGCAUGCGCGGAACUGCGACGGUGACGCCGAGAUUCUGGAUUGAUAAAAGCAGAAGAGACAGACUGCGUGGCAUCGGGCACGUCGUCCUCCCUGGCGGGCGGCAAGUCAACAUGAUCGCAGGAGGCUCUGACUACACCGUGAUUCUGACUUCCCCGCCGCCGUCUUCGCCUUCUGCCUUCCGGAUGGCGUCUUCUCUCUGUCUCCCUCUUCUCGAGGCGAGCGAGGGGUCGCGACGGCCUCCGGCUGUCGCUCGCGCCUCCACCCUCCCCCGGAAGCAUCUCCAGUCCUUACCAGUCGCGGAUGGCGGCGCUCGUCCACCUGCACUCGCGGCCCGCGGGGCUCCCGCGGGUCCUGCGCCUCUCUCCCGGAGCGGUCUCUUUUCGGGCGCGUCGGGCUCGCUAGCUGGGCUCUUGUCUCCUCGGGCUCCGGUGCCAGUGCGCAGUGCCACGCCGGCGACGGGGCUUGCGUCGUGGCUGGACAGGUUCCGGGCGUCGCACUCGCCGCAGAAGUCGGCGACUUCUGCGGACGCCGCCGCUGCGCCGCCGCAGAGCGCCGCGCUUCAUCCGCCUUCGUCUGCACUCGCGUCUUCUUCGUUCCUCCCGCGGCGCGGCGAACGAGGGGCGGCGGAGACAGAGGCGACCGCCACGGGUCCGCCCGUCCCGACUAUGUCGCUCCCGAGCUUCCUCUCUAACGCGCGGACGUCGCUCGCCUCGCUCGUCUUGCCGCGCGCGGGCUUCCUGCUGACCGCCGGUCAGGACGACUCCAAGCCGGCACGAGGAGGCGCAAAGACAGCCGCGCCGGGGACGAACGCUGCAGGCGAGAGGCGCGACGGCGCCCAGCCUCGCCUCGCCGGGCGCGCCGAGACUGACGACGAACGGCGCGCCGCGGAGGCGCGCGCGCAGGCAGAAAAAUUUCAAGAGGGCGUGCCGCCGGAUGACCGCAUGGUCGCGCUGCUGGAGGGCCUAGACAAAGGCUCGGGGCGGCUGUUUAGCUUUGUGAACAAAGUUCUUCAGCUGCCCUUCGCUUCCCCGGAGGAGAGCUCGAAUCCGCCCUCGCACGCGCCGUCGCCUCUCGCCCGCGGCGCCUCCUACCGGCCUGCGCAGGGGGCUCGCGUCGUGUCGUCGUCCUCGUGCGUGGACGGCGCCGCGGCGGCCGCGCUGGUCUCUUCCCGCGCGCCGGCAACCGUGCGGUCUUCCUCGCCGUCGCCGCUCUCCUACGUCUGGCUGCAGCCGCCCAAAGUGCGCGAGCCCGCGCGGGACGCUCCCGAGGGGGGCGCCUCGGCGCCGCGGCACUCAUCAGACUUCUCUGUGCUCUCUGUGGCCUCCUGGGCGCUGCGCGACGGCGAGGAGAGUCGCCAGGUCUCUGCCGAGCGCUUCGUCUCCUCGCUCUCCUUCGGGGACCCGAAAGAGGACGGCCGAGCUGUCCCUGCGCACGACGCGCGCAGCGCGGACGCCACGCGGCGGGGCGCCCUCGAGGAGGCGCGGCGCAAGCAGCUGUGGGCGGCGCAAGACCAACUGCGGCGCGCAUGGUCGCGGCAGCAGCAGCAGCCCGCGCCGUACGCCUCCGCCUCGUUCACCUCAGCCGCCCCAGCCCCAGCCUCCUCCUUCGGCGCGCGGAGUGCGUACCCGACGACCCCCACGGCGUCCCCGGCCUUCGGACCCCCCCUCUCCGCGAGUCGCUCGCCAGCGACCGCGUGGACGCACGGGAUGCACGCCGCCGCCGUCGGUCUGCGCGAGGGCGGCGACGAUGACGCGUCGCGCGUCUGGCGGCCGCCUGUGCGGCAGACGACCUCCUUCACGGCGGCGCCUUACGCGUCGAGCGGCGGAGGAGGGUCAGGUGCGCUGGGCACCGCGAGCUACGCCUCUUCUGCGACGUACGCGGCGGCAGAGUCCAGCGCGCACGCGAGCGAAGUCCGCUACGUGUACCACGCAGGCGGGCGGGGAGGCGCGAGGCUCGAGGAGGCCUUCCAUCCGCGCGGAAGCGGCGCCGCGGGCACCUGGAGCGCGGACGGGCACGUCCUCGCUCCCGCUGUUUCCGCCUCUAGCCUCCACACGAGCUUCGGAGCCGCCAGCGGUAUGCGCGCGCCGCAGAGCGACGCGGCGGUCGCCGCGUCGCCCCUCCUCGGCGGAGACAGACUCCACUCGCUCCCCUACGCCGCGCAGGCUGCGGGUGCGCCGGCGGAGGAGUCGCCGGCGGUCUACGCGUUCUCCGCGCCGCGUCUGACCUCGUGGGCGCCCGCGGCCGCCGCCGCGUCCUCUGCGAUGCCGCUGCCGCCUCGAGAGCCGCGGCUGGCAAGCAGCGGCGGCGUCUCCGGCUCGCAGGGGUACUACGGCGGCGCGGCGUGGACUGCAGGCGCGCCGCAGUCGCUCUCCUUUCAGUACACAACUCGAUGA